UAGUUCCAGUCCACCCGGUGUAUUAUUUAGCGCGGUUGCUUUGCGCCGUGCGCCCGUCGGUGAUGAGAUGCACGUUGGGCAAAUAUCCUGACUGAGUUUGAACGUCGAACCUGUUUCCUUUGAGAGUGUCGACCGUCCGGCGGCGACGUAUCGGUCCGCGCGCUUCUGCCGCUAUAUAAGACGCAGAGGAAGAGGCGCGCGGAGUGGAUGCGGAGCGCGUCUGCGGCACGGCGCUCGAGUUGGACAGCGCGCACGGACUACCGCCCCUGGCUCGUCGUCGGGACCCCGAGUGCUGAAGUCGUUCGUUCCCUUUGAUUUAUCUCCUUCUUCUUCUGCUUUUCUUUCUAACGGUGGAACAGGUCAUCGUUAGUUUCUUCUUUGGAAGGGGGAAUAUACUGACUGCGCCCGCGAGGACCGAUGAGCGCCGGUCGAAAGGACAUUCCCCACUGACGGCGGUGAUGGAGAACGCGACCUGGCCCGCAUACGCCUCCCAUCAUCGGCUCCGCGGUGACCCUUUCGCUUCCAGACUCUCCAGAGAGGCGGAUAUCGUUGCAGCGUUUUACAUCUGUAUUAUAGGGAUAUUGUCUGCAACAGGGAAUGGCUACGUCAUUUAUAUGACCAUCAAACGCAAGACCAAGUUAAAGCCUCCUGAGCUCAUGACUGUUAAUCUAGCCAUUUUCGACUUUGGCAUUUCAGUGACGGGAAAGCCCUUUUUCGUUGUAUCUAGUUUUUCCCACCGCUGGUUGUUCGGCUGGGAGGGCUGCCGUUUCUACGGCUGGGCAGGCUUCUUCUUCGGUUGCGGGAGCCUCAUCACCAUGACCAUGGUGAGCCUGGACCGGUAUCUCAAAAUCUGCCAUCACAGAUACGGCACAUGGCUCAAACGCCACCACACCUUCCUCGGCCUGGCCUUUGUGUGGGCGUAUGUAGCCUUCUGGGCCACCAUGCCCUUAAUCGGUUGGGGAAACUACGCCCCGGAGCCCUUCGGCACUUCCUGCACAUUGGACUGGUGGCUGGCACAGGCCUCCGUGUCCGGCCAGACCUUCGUCGUGUCCAUUCUGUUUUUCUGUCUCAUCCUCCCCACCGGCAUUAUCGUCUUCUCCUACGUCAUGAUCAUCUUCAAGGUCAAGUCCUCUGCAAAGGAGAUCUCGAACUUUGACGCCCGCAUCAAAAACAGCCACAGCCUUGAGAUGAAACUCACAAAGGUGGCAAUGCUGAUCUGUGCAGGCUUCUUGAUAGCCUGGAUCCCUUAUGCAGUGGUGUCAGUGGUUUCUGCGUUUGGUGAGCCAGACUCGAUUCCCAUCUCCGUGUCUGUCAUUCCCACCUUGCUGGCCAAGUCGUCAGCCAUGUACAACCCCAUCAUCUACCAGGUGGUGGACCUGAAAAACUCCUGCGUGAAAUCCUCCUGUUUUCAGGCCCUGAAGAAACGCAGGCACUUUAGAAAGUCAAGGUUCUGCACCAUCUCUGGCUCCUUAAAGGACACAGCGCCAGCCAAAGAAGCUCACAUCGAAAUCUCUCAGCGCUGUGCAGGUGCUGAGGCCUAAGUGUUUGGACAUGUCUUAAACACCUGACUGGCUUCGAUAAUGACUGCAACCCAAGUAAGUCAGACACUCCAUGGUGCCACUUGUUCAACUCCAAAUGUAUCCUCUACAUUCACACACUGUGUCUUCCCAUUAGUUCUGCAGUGUGGUUUGUAUGGUUAUAAAUUUUGUUUUUCUCCCCUUCUUCUGAACCCGCAUGGGAAUAUCACAGAAGUAAUCGAUAAGUACCCCUUGCACACAUGCACAGUUCUCACCUCCACCCUUGACACCAUUUCCUGUAUAUGUCUGAUUACCUACAGAAAAAAAACAUGGUUUGGGAUCUGGUUAAAAAUAUUCAAAAGGUCAGCUGAGCUUUGGCCAGAUUAAUUUGCUUUGAGAAGCACUCUUACAUAUUCCUGCUCAAUUCUAUUGUCCAUCUGGACGGUUUGAAAACAUUUUUACAAAACCUGCUUUUGCGAGCUAGUCUUUUGUUUUCUUCGUGUGUUUGUUUGUACAUUUAUUUUUCCCAAGUGGGACAGAAGUGGCUUCAAAUGAUCUUGAAUUAUGAUGCCAAUAAUUGUUUAAAAGAACGACUCUGUAAUGUCUGUGGUCAUCAUAGGUCAUCGGAACGCUCCAAUCUGUGUUCUCUAUCGCUCUGUAUAUUUUCCAGGCAUGACAUAACCGUUUCCGCCUUUGCUGACUAUUGUCCUACCUAUUGGCUGGGGCAUUUGAUGCUCCACACAAAGGACAGUCAAUCCCAGUGUGUUGCACUUAUAAAACAAGCCACAAUUCAUGAAUGGAAGGUUCAAUACACCUUGUGUGCAUCAUCAGAUUUGACAAUCUUGAUUAUAGAGUAACUCCAGAGCCACAGAUUGAGUGGUUGUAGUCUAGAGCCAGUCAAAUUCCAGAAGCUCUUACACAGUUUAACAGAAACAGUAUGAGCAUUUGUACAAUCUUAUGUUACUGGACAAAGGUGACCAAAAAGUAGUCACAUUACACUGUAAAGAUGUUUUUGUGUGGCGGCCACUGGGAAAUGUUUUGUCAAGCGGAUUUGCAUGACUCCGAGAAAAUGCUGUUCUUGGACCUCCUGUAUAAAACUGCUGCACCAUACCCUCUGCACCAGCUCAGCACUGUUUUAGUCCUGCACUGUCUGCAUUGUCCCAAUAUGUCUCUCCUCUUUGGACCCUCUUUGAACUUGCUGCUUAAAUCUAGAUGCUUUGGCUUUACUUAUCAAUGUACAAAAAUUGUGUCACAUAAUAUUCUUUGAAAAAAUCUUUUCUAUCAUGCAUCCUAUUUUGGUGGGUCAAGGAAUGUUGUAUUACUUAAGUCAGGUCUGUACGGGGCCGAUGUCAAUGCAAAAGCAACAUGGAAACUGAUGUUUAGUUUUCCAGGAAGCACACUGUGCUGUAUACUGUGAACCAGGACUGAUACACCCGAACAUUAUGCACAAAGAAAAUCAUUAUAAUAGGCUGCGGUGAGUUUGCUCUCAGUUCAUAUGAAAAAUCUAAAUUUUUGUAAUAAUCAUGAGCAGGAAUUUAAGGUUUUAAAGAAUAAAUAUAAGAAACCCAACUGAGGUGAGCUGGCCUGCUGUUGGAUGGUGAAGACUGAACAGAUGUCUUUAUUUGGCAUCAAACUGAAUCUCAGGUAUUAGUUGUUAGUUGUUUGUAGGCUGCUGGGCAAGGAGGAGUUUCCUGAGUUGUUUUUUUUCUUUUUCUUUUUUGGCUUGUUCCAAAAAGUUAUUGCACAUACUGAAAAUACGGUUUUCAGAAUUUACAAUAGAGCUAAUGCUGUUUUUCAUCCUAGUUUACACUUUGAAUUGCUGUUGCACAUUGUUUGGACUCUGCAACUCUUGUCAGGCUGCAUCCCCUUAAUCCUUCAAAAUGUCCUCAUGAUAAAAACCCCUUCAAACCCCCCCCACAAGAUUUGACAAAAAUGUGUCCGUCAGCAACAAUGGGAACUGUUUAAAACCACGGUGAUAUUGUGAUUUGUCUAUAAUCAUUGAAACUGUUGCUCUCGUUACUAAUUGACUGCUCAAAGGAAUGAGUUUGGAUAUCUGGUGUUGAACUAAACCGGGUUUCCUCUUAUCUAACUAUAAUUCACUUUCUGUUCCUUUGACUUGUGGGGUGCAUCAGGGGUCAACUCUUGGACCAAUUUUAUUUGAACUAUAUUCUGUAUGCUCCCCUUGAUCUGACAAUUUGGUUGCAUGCAUUGGCAUUGCCAUGCUCCUCCAGAUCUCUCAAAUAUAGGCACAUGUGUCUGGUCAGUCCUGAUGGUUUUUUUCACACAGGCAUGCAAUUCAAUUUAAGAUUCAAUUCCUCGACGUCUUCUAUAAGGCCUUGGGUAGUAGAAAAAAACAGUGAAAUAUUAAUGCCUGUGUUGGCUGUCCCGGGCCCCAGGCGGUGUAACAGUCUGACCCUGUGUGUCUCCUGUUUUAUAGCUGCUUUUAUUCUAUUCUUUCAUUCUUUUAUAAAGCACUUUGCGACCUAAGUUUUGAAAUAAGAUAUAUAAAUAAAUAAAAAUGUACUUAAUUUACUCAAGAACAUAAUUCCUGUUCCACUCAGUCUAUGAACUACAGCAACAGUAUAACUUCUUUUGACUGAGUUAUAAUGUAAAUGCGUGUAUUUAUUGAUUUACUUUGAUCCAUUAAUUCACACUGACAUAAAAAUAGUAUAGCGUUAUUCAAACGUGAAGCUGGAUUUGCUGUUUUGUAUUAUAUAAACAUACAAUUUAACCUUCUCGCAUUGACAUCAUCAGAGGGGCUGUUGAUGUCUCUCCGCGGUCAUGAGGUGUGACUGGAUGUGAAACUGCCAAGGAAGGGAUGUGAGGACAGAAUGGUUAAGAGCCAAUGAGAGGAUCUUAUUUAUUUGUCAAUUUAUUAUCAUGUGACGUCCAUGCAGUUCACUAGGACUAAAAGUCAUGCAGUCAAAAAUCGUGACGCAUGAUUUGAUAUAAAAAAAAAUGUUUUUGCUUCAGAAUCAAGUUAGCGACAGUGCACUCGAUAAUUCUCCUCAGUUCAUUUGGCUGUGUGACAAUUUUCGGAUCCAUGUGAAUGUGAACAAUAAUCUUUUCAGGCAGAAAGGUGAACUCAGAGCAAGCUCUCACUCCUGACACAGACGGCCUGGCUACUACUCACCGUUUUGUUAUAAUUUUGACAUGAAAUGAUUCAAACCUGUUUUGACCAGUUGCAACAUGUACAACAAUCGGCAUAAAUCUUCUGGGGAAGAGGAAUUUGUUCUGUAGUUUCAAUGUUUGGCUAAUGAGGUAAAGAUAAAUAAAAUAUGAAGAAUAUGUGUGGGCAGCAAUAUUUAUGAGAAAUCUUAACAUUUUUUGAAUUUUCAUAAGAUACACUGGUGCAAAAAAAAAAAAAAACACAUUUCAAACUCUCAACUAUUACAUCUUUGCUGACUAUACUAUCAAUAUAACAACCACAGUGGAAAAAUAAAUCAGUCAAUAAAAUCCGGAAUUUUAUGUGAUUUGUGCAACAACACCCUCACGCAUCAAUGAGACUAUGCUGCAAAUGUGCGUCCACUGUUGUGUAUCAUUCCAGUGAGGUCUUGUCGUGUUUCUGAAGUACCACAUAUCGCACACUGACUGUACUCUUUAAUCACCUGUUUUGCGUUGAAAAACUUACUCACAGAUUUUGUCCUUUUCUUGAACGAAAGUUCGAAUAAACCUGCGACAAUGUGCAAAUACUGAG